CUUUUUGCGUGGUGCAGAUGGAAGCUCAAAUCCCAACCUCAACGGUCGCUUUAGAUUAAGCAGAUUUGAGAAUCAUGUUUUGUUAGUAAUUUUACUGAACGGGCGCCUUUGUUUGCCACGUGUGUGGUUGUGAAUGCCUAAAGUCUCUCAAGAGUUCAUCAAUUUCAAAGAGCUCGAGAUGAUUCACUUGAUUGUUCAUCUAUUUUGAGGGGAGGGUACAAGCUUGCUGCUAGAAUUUCACUUCUUCACACCCUCCUAAGCCCUUAGUUCCAUGGCUGCCACGGUUUCAACCGUUGGAGCUGUUAAUAGAACAACGUUAAACAACAGUAACUAUGGAGGUUUAGUGCCGAACUCAGCGUUCUUGGGCAGCAGGUUGAAGGUCAGUUCCAAAUCCACCACCUCAAAAAUGGUGAUUGGAAACUUCAAGAUUGUUGCUGAGUAUAAUGAGGAGAAGCAAACCGAGAAGGACAAAUGGCGAGGCCUUGCUUUUGAUACUUCUGAUGACCAGCAAGACAUUACCAGAGGGAAGGGAUUGGCGGAUCCUCUUUUCCAAGCUCCCAUGGGGACAGGAACUCACAAUGCUGUCUUGAGUUCAUAUGAAUACGUUAGUGCUGGACUUCGACAAUACAACUUCGACAAUAAUAUGGAUGGAUUUUACAUAGCUCCAGCUUUCAUGGACAAACUUAUGGUUCACAUUGUCAAAAACUUCAUGAACCUGCCAAACAUUAAGGUUCCUCUCAUUCUGGGUAUUUGGGGAGGUAAAGGACAAGGAAAAUCUUUUCAGUGUGAACUUGUAUUUGCCAAGAUGGGAAUCAACCCUAUUAUGAUGAGUGCUGGGGAAUUAGAAAGUGGGAAUGCAGGAGAGCCAGCAAAAUUGAUCAGGCAAAGAUAUAGAGAGGCGGCUGAUAUUAUCAAGAAAGGGAAGAUGAGUUGCCUAUUUAUCAACGAUCUUGAUGCUGGAGCUGGAAGGUUUGGUGGGGCCACACAGUACACAGUGAAUAACCAGAUGGUAAAUGCUACUCUUAUGAACAUUGCUGACAACCCAACCAAUGUGCAGCUACCAGGCUUAUACAACAAAGAAGAAAAUCCCAGAGUUCCCAUCAUAGUAACUGGUAAUGACUUCUCAACUUUAUAUGCACCCCUCAUUCGUGAUGGUCGCAUGGACAAAUUCUAUUGGGCUCCGACUCGUGAAGAUCGUAUCGGUAUUUGCACUGGAAUCUUUAGGACUGACGGUGUACCGACAGAGGACAUUGUCAAACUCGUCGACACCUUCCCAGGGCAGUCGAUCGACUUCUUUGGUGCUUUGAGAGCUCGAGUUUAUGACAAUGAAGUGAGAAAGUGGGCUGCCGGUGUUGGAGUUGAGAGCAUUGGAAAAAAUCUUGUAAACUCAAAGGAAGGCCCCCCAACUUUUAAUCAACCAAAGAUGACACUAGAAAAGCUACUAGAAUAUGGCAACAUGCUCAUCAUGGAACAGGAGAAUGUGAAGAGGGUUAAAUUGGCUGACAAGUAUUUGAAAGAAGCUGCACUUGGAGAUGCAAAUGAGGACGUUGUUCAGUUUGAAACUUUUCAGGAAGCUGUUCUUGAAGAUGCAACUGAAAAUGUUGUUCAGUCAGAGACUUCUAAUGAAGCUGCUCUUGUGAAUGCAAAUGAAGAUACUGUUGAGGUUCUUAAAGAUACAAAUGAGGAUGUUGCUCAGUCAGGAACUUCUUAUGAAGUUUCUCUUGGAGAUGCAAACGAGGAUGCUGUUCAGUCAAAAACUUCUUAUGAAGUUGCUGUCGAAGAUGCAACUGAGGAGGAUGUUGUUCAGUCAGGAAACUCUGAAGUGGCUCUUAUAGAUGCAAAUGAGGAUGUUCUUCAGUCGGGAACUUCUAGUGAAGCUGCUCCUGUAAUUGCAAACGAGGAUGUUGUUCAGACAGGAACUUCUUAUGAAUCAAUGGGGGAAGAGGAACGCAACAAGCUAAUAUCACUGUUCCUGAAGGCUGUACAGAUUCAUCUGCUAAAGACUAUGUCCCAACACCCAGAUUCGGCAACAAAAGCUUCCAGCACUGACUCUUAGGAAUUUUCUACAUGUACUGGCGAUGAUUUCAGCAGUAACUUCCUGCGUUUCUUGUUUGAAACUUGGAAGAUUCUUAUUCCAACAAAACCAUUCUGGAGGAAGGAAUAUUUUUCUCUGCUAACUUUUAAUAUGCUUCAGCUCCAGACGUUCCCUUUUCAGUUUGGAGAAGCUGGAAGGGUGCUCUUUGAGGACCACAUUACUGGUUCUUCUCCUUUCUCUUACAAGCAACAAUAUAUAUUGAUUUGUUCACCAAAA